AACGGCUCCCGGCGCCGAGCGUUGGCGCCUGCGCAAUGCCGCCCGCCGGCUCGCCGCUCCCCCACGAAGCUUCGUGAAGAUUCCGGAAAGCUCCGCUCGGCUCUUUCCGCCGCGGCCGCCGCGCCGCCCCCCGGCCCGGCGCUGCCCGGCUUCCGGCUGCCGCUCUGCCGCUCUGCCUGGCGGCCGCGGAGGAGCCGCUGCCGGCCGCUGCGCCGCCAUGUCUUUGCUCUGCUACAACCGCGGCUGCGGCCAGCGCUUCGACCCCGAGACCAACACGGAGGAUUCAUGUACAUAUCAUCCAGGUGUGCCAGUCUUUCAUGAUGCUCUGAAAGGUUGGUCGUGUUGUAAGAGAAGAACAACAGACUUUUCUGACUUCUUAAGCAUUGUGGGCUGUACAAAGGGUCUCCAUAACAGUGAGAAACCUCCUGAGCCUGUUAAACCAGAAGUCAAAACUACCUCUGAACGAAAGGAGCUAGCUGAACUGAAACCCAAAUUUCAAGAACACAUAAUUCAGGCACCAAAACCACUGGAAACAAUUAAAAGACCAAGCCCAGAUGAGCCAAUGACAAAUUUGCAGCUGAAAGUCUCAGCUUCAUUGAAGCAAGCUUUAGAUAAACUGAAACUGUCAUCAGAAAAUGAGGAGAAAAAAGAAGAGGACAGUGAUGAAAUCAAGAUUGGGACAGCAUGUAAAAAUGCAGGCUGUUCAAAAACUUACGAAGGACCACAGAGCACAGAAGAAGUAUGUAUAUACCAUUCUGGUGUACCUAUAUUCCAUGAAGGGAUGAAGUAUUGGAGCUGUUGUAAAAGAAAAACAUCUGACUUCAAUACAUUUUUAGCUCAAGAAGGCUGUACAAGAGGAACACACAUAUGGACUAAAAAGGAUGCGGGAAAGAAAGUAGUUCCAUGCAGGCAUGACUGGCACCAAACUGGAGGGGAAGUAACUAUUUCGGUAUAUGCUAAAAACUCUGUUCCUGAUCUUAGUUAUGUAGAAGCAAAUAGCACAAUGUUAAAUAUCCACAUUGUAUUUGAAGGAGAAAAAGAAUUUCAUCGCAGUGUGAAAUUAUGGGGAGUAAUUGAUGUAAAGAGGAGUUAUGUGAACAUGACGGCUACAAAAAUUGAGCUUACUAUGAGAAAAGCAGAGCCCCUUUUGUGGGCAAGCCUUGAAUUACCAGUAUCCAAUGCACAACAGAAAAAAGAGAAUUCCAAUCAAUAAUGAAUCCCAGAGACAAGUUAUUUCCCAUUUUGAAGUGGUGACUUGCUACUGUAAUCAAGUAUUUAACUUUUAUAUAGAUUCAUUUUUUUAUGCUAGAUCUUGCGCUCCAGUCUACAAAGAAAGUUGAUGCAUAGUAAAUGAGGGUGUAAACAUGAAGAGUAAUAGCUGUUUUUGCUCUUGCUCCCAGGAGUAUAUUUAUUCUAGUUGGAGUGUUUCCAUGGAAAGCUAGAGUAAAAGAGCUAUUGCAGUUUGCUUACAACCUUGCCUACUACGCACUGACUUUCUGAACAGAGGCUCUCAGUCCAUAUGGUAUGUUAAUUUUUCAAGUGUUCUGUUUAGACUGGAUCUGCUGGGUAGUACCUGCUAAAUUCAGCUCUAUUCAUUAUGAAACUUUAAUAAUAAGGAUAUGAAAUCUGAGUUUAUAAAGUGAUUAACAUGCAGUUCCAUCUAGAAUAAAAAGGGUACUGUAAAUAUGGAAGGACACUUGUAGAUUCUUCCACUUUUGUCUUCUGAAACUAAUGUUUUGUUACCUGUUGGCUGUGGAAUGAUGGAAUAAAGGGUAUUUUGCUAAGGGUUUAAGUACUUGCUGACGUAUUUACUAUCUUUUAUGUGUGAAAGCAGGAGACAAAAAAGACUACAGCAGGGUAGGCAAGAGGGGAUUUUUUUGCUCCUCUGCCUUUCCCUAGCAUUGGUGCUUGAGCUGUUAAAUGGAAAAGUGAAUGGACAAUGAAAUGGCUGAAUAACCUACCAAAAUGCAGAAUAUUGUAAAAUUGCCAAGCUCCUGUCUGUAUUUAUUUGGCAGAGUUAUUAUAAUGUAUAUUCUGUCCUAUUCCACAACACUUGAAAUUAUGAAUUUUUUCCAAAGUGGAUGGAUGUCUGUAGUAGUAGAAGACAGUACACACUAUAGGUAUCUGAGAAAGAUUCUGUGUCGGUAUACAUAGCUCGUUGCCGAAGGUAGUAAGCAAAGAACUUAAUAUACCGAUAGCAUGAGUCCUAAGAGAAGCAAACAACAAGCUUUAAAAUAUAUGUCUCAAAUCAUAAUUAUACCAUUCAGUUAAAGUGAUGUAAAAAUACAUUUUUUCCUUCAGCCUCAUAAGCAGAAUACAGUGAAUUAGAAAAACAAGACCAUAUUUUUGUUUUCAUUUCUCCAACAGUGAAGAUUUAUGGCUGAAAACAGGAAAGUUUUUAAAGGUGUGACUUAUAUCAUGCAGUAAUAUUAAUUUCUCAUUCUGCUUAAAAUUGCUUCUUAAUUUUGGGUUAUAGCUGAUAGAAAAAAGCAUGCUUUCAUGUGUAAGUCAUGCAAAAUAAACACAAUUAUUUAUUGUGCCGAAACUUACAAAGGUAAGCAUGCAGUCAUGUGGAGCUGAUGCUUAUCUUGCCUACCUUGGAAGACCUGGAGCAAAGCCAGUAGGAACUUAGAAUACAGGAAAAGCAUUUGGAAGUUAAGAAUGGGUUUCUAAGAAUCUUACCCUUUUCCAAUAGGUGUAACUUGAUUUGAGUUCAGAGUUCUGUCUCUAGUAGUAUUUUGAAAUCCUGCUUUGUGCGUAAAGUAGGAGGAAAUACAUUGCCAAAGAACUACCCCCCCCCCCCCCAAGAAAAAAAAAAAAGUAGGAAGAACGUAACACCAGUGUUACAUACAUGAAAUCUGUUUGGGCGCUUCUUCACCUUUGUUUCAAGAUCCUGUUUCCUCAUUGACUUUGAGGAGGGUGUAUGAUUGCUUGCUCCCUUGGGCCCCUAUUAAAAAACUCCAGCUCUGAGUUACCUCUAAGUUUUGCCUUAAAGCAUUCUGUUAACUUUUAAUAAUGCCUUUUUAAAACAAACUUGAAAAUGUCAGAUGCUAUCCAGUGGUGAGGUACAGGCUUGCAAAAAUUUAUGCCUGAAAAUGGUCAUCUAAAGAUUGUACAGAUGUCUGGUAUGUUCUGAGCAAACAAGUACAGUUCUUACAAUAGUGACAGUGGUUACUUAAGUGGAUGAAGAAUUCUAGAUGCUGCAACUAGUAGCAUGGCAUGUGUAUUUUUGUAAGCAGAACUCUGAACUUGGACAGCAAAAUGAGCACUCUGUAAAUGCCAGGAUAAAAUUCUUAUUUAACAAGCAAGUUAAAAAUGUAUGUCUGUUUAUCCAUAUGUAUAUAUAAAUAGUCUAAAUGUCUUAUGUAAAUGUUUUCCAUGUUUUAUUUCUUCCAUCUUUUUCAGUUUAAUUGCAGCAUCAUAUGCAGUAAAUUUAUAUCAUGUAAAAUCCAUUUCCAGGAACUACAAGGGAAGUGGAAUUACAGAAUUUCUGUUUUUAAGCAAGUCAUAAUACUUGAUGAAAGCUAUCAGUCAUCUGAUCACUUAGCAUGCCAAGCACUAAAUUUAGCAAAGUGUAGAUGAAUGGAACUUCCGUUGUUUAGGCUACAGGCUUUGGAAUCCUCUAUCUAUUCAUUAUACUGUUUUAAAUUACAUUCUGCUAGUAGCUGGGACAGCCUGGCGAUACAGUAGGUAAAAGAAAGCUCCUGUAAACCUUGUAACCUUGUCUUCAGUUUUGUUGCCCCCCCCUUUUUUUUUUUUCUUUAAGUGUAAUAAUUCUUUAGCAGCUUCAUAUAGCCGUAUGUAUGCAUCCAUUGUAAAGUUGCAAAAGCUGUGUCACUUGAUGAAUUCGAAUGCUUUGAGGAGAUUCUUACUGUUACUCAGAAGCUGUCUCUAAAUCUAAUGUUUGAUCCUAUGACAUGAAGAAAUGAGAUCUUGAAAUGGUUAGUAGUAGGUGGCACUUCAAUAGAGUUCUAUUUUUACUAGCUUUUAUUAGUAAACGUGAAGAGAAGAUGAAACCAAUUUUGGUACACCAAACCAAUCAUAAUACUUCUUGAAAGCAAUAUUUGAAAAUAUAGAUAAGUGAUUUUUUUUGAUCAUACAGGUUUUCACCUGUCUAAUAGAAGUUAAAAUAAAUAACUGCAUAAAGUGUACUGGAAUAUUUGCAGUUAAAUUACCCCUUAUUUCAUGUCUUCAGAAGUUGUACUGUAUUUAACAGGUUGGUUAACUUGCUAGAGUCUAGUUAUAUUUUUCUAUUUCAUGGGACUCUAAAAGCUAUACUGUGUUUAAGAAUAAGUUUACAUGUUAUACAUGUAGAGAGCAUAUUAUAUGUCUCAGAACUGACCAUUCAGGUGCAUGUAAAACUGUUUUCCUUCAUAGUCCCUUAAAAUGAAAAAUACUGUAUGGAUUUAUAAAUUUUGUGGGUUUUUUUCUCCCUCGUGUAUAAGCACAUUUUCCAACCUAGCAUUACAUACUGUUAUCUCUAACAGAACGUUUCUUGGAGGAGUUGGAAUUUAUUUUUAAGGUUAAUACACGUGGGCUGUUCCACUGCUCUGACUCUUACAUUUUACAUGGCACUGAUGUAAUUAAAAAAAAAAAAAACUUCCAUCUACUGAUCUGCUGGAACACUUGCAUUAUCAAGUCACCAUUUCAGUAGUUUAGGAACUAGUUUUGUUAGGAAUUUUGCCUUGAAAAAAAGUCUACUUAAUCUAUGUAAUGAUGCAGAUUUUUGCUUGCAUUCUUUAAACAUGGCAUGAGUGUUGGUGAAAUACUGUAACAUCACUGGUCCUUCCUUAUUGCUAUUAAUUUUUUUUUAUUUUUAUUCAAGAAGGAUCUUUUUUAAGGUAAUGAGGUAUGUGUCUGGAACACUGUUUUAAGGUGGUAAUAAUUUUGCCAUUAUAAGAGUCUUGAAUUAUGUUGGGGGAGGGAGGUGUCUUUUGCAUGGUUGUCUGAUUCUGUACAUUCGUAAAACUUACAUGCAGAAAAUUUUUCUGAUCUCAUGUCUUCACGCUCUAGGUUUUUUGUUUUUUCUGAAUGUAUUCAAUAAAAUUCUUAUUACAUCCUG